AUGGAGGUUCUUCGCCGUCUUUUUAUAGGAAGACCACUUCAGGAACAAGUAAGAGAAUGGCAAAGAAAAUUAAGAUCAGAAUGUCGUAAUAUUGAUCGGCAACUUUCCCAAUUAUCUAUUCAGGAAAACAAGACAAAACAAUCUAUUAAAAAGUAUGCCAGUGAAGGGUCUUCUCAUACAACACAGGUAUCAUGUCGAUUGCUAACAAAAGAACUUAUUCGAGCAAAAAAACAACGCUCUCGACUCGAAUAUAGUAAGGCACUUCUUAAUAGCUUAAAUAUGCAAUUAGAUGAACAACUAGCAACACUUAAGAUUGCAGGAAUACUACAAAAAAGUACAAUCAUGAUAAAAGAUGUAAAUAAACUAAUACGUUUACCUGAACUUAAUGAAACUAUGAUGGCAAUCAGCAAAGAAAUGAUGAAAGCAGGGAUUUUUGAAGAAAUGGUAUCAGAUGCACUCGAUAUGGAAGAUUUAGACCAAGAUACAGUUGAAACAAAGCAAAUAGAUCAAAUACUAUUUGAAAUCACAGACGGGCUAUUGGGCUCAAUAGAACCAGCGCCUACUACUCAAAUUAAUACGGUUGAAGAAACUGACCAAGAAGAAACAUCUUUAGAACACAUGCGGCAUCGUUUAAAAGCACUUCGGAAUUAA